AUGGCAUCAACUUUCUCCACAAACUCUGUUUUCCUAUCUGCUUGUUGUGACUCGAAGCAACCAGAACCUCUCCCUCCACCUUCACAUCCGACACACCCUCCUUCAAUUCCUCACAACCUUCCGUCUCCACCGCUGUCGCCGCAUACCAACGUCUGCUCUAUUCACGGCUCUCUAUCUUCUUCAAGUAGAUCUUCAGUGACACAAAGUAGUCUAUCUCCGCCCCAUUAUCUUACAACUACUUCGACCCACUCAUUAUCACACCAACGUCAGAAUCCAUCCCGCCAACAAGAUGGGCAUCAAGCGCAUCACCAACACUCUUAUUUGAAUCACAUUCAUCAGCAGCAGCACCCGCUGCUACCACAAUCAGUCGACUUGCAAGAGUUUUCUUCGGACCAAUCAUUUGGGACCUUUUCAGGCGCUGACCAUCAGUCUGUCUGGUCACAUCAUCGUCCAUUCGUUUCCCAUGUUCCCUACUCAAUCCAGCAUAAUACUUGUACCGCCCCUUUCAGAUCGGAACAAUCAACAUCUGGUAGCCAUCUUCAUUUUGAACCCGAUCUGCCUGGCAUCUCUACUUCUAAUUUUUCAUCCGCUUCGUCUUUCCCACAACUGGCUGCCACAACGACAUUGACAGAUGUUGAUAAUGGGCGCGCGCCUUCACAACCAACCAUCAUCACACUGCCAGCUGUAUCUAUGACGUCACAAUUGUCAAUCCAACCAUCUACGCCAUCACAACACAUGCAACAUCACUUAGACCAUUCCACACCCGACUGUCAUGUUAGUAGGCUGGAGGCUUCCAACUACUCUCAUAUAUCUUCUGAAUGUACAGACGGAGCGAAGCGAUCUGAGACCAUGUAUCCCUUAGCGCCAGAUAGAGAAGAAUUUGAUCAUCUCCAGCAUCGACACCAGCCAAAUUAUCAGAAUGUGUCUCCUUUUGGCCACCAUCAACAGAGGCACCAACAUGAGCAAUUAAUCACCAAUCGACAAUCUUACCUUCAGGAACAGCAAAUAAAGCACCCACUGCAGCAUCAGAAGCUCCUGGGAGAAUUUCAGCAAGUGAUAAUCAGGGAAUAUGAGUCCGUCUAUCAAGCACCCAUAUUUUCUGGACAAGCAGACGAACAUAAGAUGGCCGGUAAGGAUGUAUAUGAAAUAAAAGGGGUAGUGGUAGUACGACAGCACAGGAUUACAAAUUCACGAAAGGGGAUUAAAUUUAAUGAAGGAAAGUUCGAAAUGCAUUACACUGAAUGCGACUAUCGAAAAAGCUAUACAGGGUAUAGCAAGCGAUAA